GAGCUGGCCCAGGAAGAGUCGGGCGGACCUGUCCCCGCGUGAUCAGAACGGGCCCUUCCCGAGCAAGCGGUUGACUGUAUAUAAGGCCGGCUCGCAGCGGGGCGUUAACAUCUCCUGGCCACAGCCGUCCCAGAUUUGAAAUUCUACACUAAAGUCAUCAUGGGCAUUUUCCAGAGAUUGAUGAAAAAUAAGGAACUCAUUCCUUUGGCGUUGAUCGUAACCGUGGCUGCCACUGGAGCCUCAUCUUUUGCUUUGUAUGCUUUAAAAAAAACCGAUGUGGUUAUUGAUCACAAAAGAAACCCAGAACCUUGGGAAAUGGUGGAUCCUACUCAACCCCAAAAGCUUAUAACCAUCAACCAGCAAUGGAAGCCCGUGGAAGAGCUGCAGAAAGUCCGGAGGGCAACCAGAUGAUGGCUCUUCGUCCUUCCUUCUGAAGAAUACUCUAUGAAUCUAGUGGAAACACUUCCGCACAAACUAGAUUUUGAUACCAGUGUGCGGAAAUGCUUCUGCUACAUUUUUAGGGUUUGCCUGCAUUCUUUAGAUCCCGUAUAAGCAACUGAAGGCAGCACAUAGUCUGAAAAUAGUUUUCGGUGUUUAUUGAUGUAAAUUUCGAUUUUACAUUUGAAAUUUUAUGUUCCUGAUACUUGGGUGUAGUCCUUGAAAUGUAUAAAGGUGUAUAAAUUAGAUUACUACCUGUAAUAAAAAUACUAUUUAUGCAAGACA